GUGACGUGAUGACGGGCGUGUGCUUCGUGGGCCUGUGGAACGUGCAGGCGCUGCAGGGCUUCGUGCUGGCGCCGCUGUUCUUCUACCUGGUGCUGGGCACGGCCUUCCUGCUGACGGGCUUCGUGUCGCUGUUCCGCAUCCGCACCAUCAUGAAGCACGACGGCACCAAGACGGACAAGCUGGAGCGCUUCAUGGUGCGCAUCGGCGUGUUCUCGGUGCUGUACACGGUGCCGGCCACCGUCCUGGUGGCGUGCCUGUUCUACGAGCAGGCGAACCACGACGAGUGGAUGGUGGCGUGGCAGCGCGAGAAGUGCGCGUCGCGCGAGGAGCCCUGGGUCACCUACAACAUCAACUGCCCGCCCGGCGUCGACAGGGACACGCCGCUGGCCAAGCCCGACUUCAUCUUCUUCAUGGUCAAGUACCUGAGCACGCUGGUGGUGGGCAUCACGUCGGGCUUCUGGGUGUGGUCGGGCAAGACGCUCGCCGUCUGGAAGAACUGCUACAACCGCUGCCUCGGACGCCGCACCGAGAGCUACGUGUGA